UUUUGACGCCGACUCAAACAUUUACGACGAGUCCAAUGCGAUAUAGGAAAAGGUUUCUCAGAGUCCGAGCCCAACACGACAAAGAUUGAUGAUAUAAAUACCUCACUACCUUCGCUCUUUUUCUCACACCUUCAAUCUCUCUCUCUCUCUCUCUUUCUUUUUGUGUUUGUGUGAAAACGAUUGACAAUAUGUCUUCGGUGAAGAAGGUGACGCUGAAGAGCUCAGAUGGCGAGAUUUUCGAGGUGGAAGAGACUGUGGCGAUGGAGUCACAGACGAUAAAGAGCUUGAUCGAAGAUGACUGUGCUGACAAUGCAAUCCCAUUGCCUAACGUAACAAGCCGCAUACUCUCACUCGUCAUCCAGUACUGCAAGGAGCACACGUCCUCCUCUGACUCUAACUCUUCCAAGUCCAAUGAGGAGCUCAAGGCCUGGGAUACUCAGUUCAUCAAUGUCGACCAGAACGUCCUCUUUGAUCUCAUUAUGGCGGCCAACUAUUUGAACAUUAAGGGGCUAUUGGAUUUAACUAGCCAGACUGUGGCAGACAUGAUAAAGGGAAAGACUCCAGAACAGAUUCGUGCGAUAUUCAAUAUUGUGAAUGAUUUCACUCCAGAAGAAGAAGAGGAGGUUCGAAGGGAGAAUGCGUGGGCAUUUGAGUGAAAGAAAUAGAGUAGUUUCCCUUCUUUUCUAUAUAUAUUUUAGGUUUUUUUUUUUUUUUUUUUUUUUUGAGAAACCUAUAUUUUAGGAAUGUUGAUCUAGUGAUAGGGUUCGGCUUUUGUUUUGUCUCAAGCAGUAAUAAUAGGUUUUGACGAAGGAAGUUUAUGUUGUUAUGAUUUUAAUUAACCUUAAAUACGUAGCUUAAUUUACUUUGUGGUCAAAAUGUGUUAAGAUUACUUAUCAUAACAAUAUAGGUUUUUGUGUUUGCUA